AUGCCGGCCCCCGAGGAUGCCAAAGCAAAGGUCCGCUCAUGGGGAUUCCCUUGCGCUCUCACCUGUGUCGACGGUGCCAACGCGCGGUUACUAAUGAUUAGGUAUCCCGAAGACCCCAGUCCCAAGUCGAGGGCUAAGCGUCUUCACUACGGCGUGGGACAGCGGGUUGACGUGCCCGCGAAUCGCGUCUACGAGAUGUGGGCGGGCAGCGAGGGCUGCACGCGCGUGAUGGGAGGGUAG